UUGACUUUGAUCUCACCAUGUUUACCCACUGUAACCUGGCAGCACUGAUACUCGUGCUGACUCUUCAUGAUCAAGUUCAUACAGGAGAAAUCGUGGGUGGCCAUGAGGUUGCACCACAUAGCAGGCCGUACAUGGUGAUUUUGGAGCUGAAAAAGUCAAAUGGUAAUAAAUCAUACUGUGAUGGCUUCCUUGUAAAUGAGCAUUUUGUGAUGACUGCUGCCCACUGUGAAGCCAGAUCGUACAAAGUCUUUCUGGGACUUCAUGAUUACAAAAAUCGCAGAAAAGUACAGACUGUGAUAGUGAAUGAGAAAAAUGCUUUUCCACACGAAGGCUACGACAAAACUUGUUUAAAAAAUGACAUAAUGCUUCUUAAGUUGCAUCCCAAGGCUAAGUUCAACGAGAAUGUGACAUCUAUUGCUCUCGCAGGCCGUGAUGACACUGGCUCUGUCCCAAAAUCAUGUGCAGUCCUUGGUUGGGGAAACACAGAGAAUGGUAAAGCAUCUGAUGUACUCCGGGAAGUCAAUGUGAACCUGACUGACAUUGAGUUUUGUGCUAAGGAAAAAAAGUACUGCUCUAAAGGCACAACUGGACCAAGCAAUGGAGACUCUGGUGGCCCGUUAGUCUGUGAAUGUGGAAAGGCGUAUGGGGUGGUGUCUGCCAACCAGCAAAACAUCUACAGUUAUACUAUGAUACCUGAAUACAGAGACUGGAUUGACUGCAUACUAAAACAUAAGUUAAAGUCAUAAUACAUUUAAACCUCAGAUCGCUAAGACAUCUGAUGACUGAGAUAUCAAUAUUUAGACUGAUUCCACUGAACUGAGACUGCCUAACAGACAAGAUAUCAUUGUGAUCUAAUAUACUGAUGCUCAUGUUCUUAAAAACAGCAAUGAUUAAUUAUUGCUUUGCCUUUCUUUUAGA